AUUCACAGCUCACACACAGGAACGUACGGAGCAAGUGAUGGACUUCUUCUAAGGAACGCUUCACGGGCUAUUUCGUUAAAGGAUUUGCUAUCAUCGCAGAGCAAAAGGUGCCAGGAGUCGAGUUGGACGCACCUGCCUAAAGUGGGACGACAUAAGGGACUUAAACCCGGGAAAAGAGCAACAGAAGUACAACUCUCUGCAGCCAGCAUGUACUCGAAUUGCAAUGAAGACUUGAUGUCCGACUACCUAUUUGGCAUACUUAUCACCCACUGAAGAGGCCCGUGUUGCAGAAAUUGCCCUAACUCGGCCUGCGUGUGUGGACACACAUAUACGUAUAUACAUAUAUGUGCUACAAAUACAUCCUAGCACACACACUGUGCUAAAUUCAAAUCACUCUGGAGCUGAGGAACUGAAAGCAAGAGUAUGGUCCAACGGUUCACCCCAGUCCACUUGCUGGGGGCCCUCAUGGGCCUAUUUCUGCUUAUGCCCGUUCUAAUGGCACCAACACCUCCAAGCAUGUGCACUCCUUUGAGGACACUCAAUGAAAGUCUGAGCCACAGGCGACGAUACAUGAAGCAUUACUUUCCUGUUAACUACACCAUUAGGGUUCAUCACGAGGAAGUUUUUAAAAUAUCUAACAUCAGCAAAAUGAAGUUGCAGGUCGACGACUUAGAAGAACUUCACCUACAGAGGAUGUGGUUCCUUGUAAACCACAGCGUCUUAAAAAGGAUUAUCCGAGUGUUGCCAGAGCGACAUCCUUCGCGUCCGUACACUACAAAGUUGGAGAGACGUCUCCAAGACGCCGAGGGAGUUUUUGUGGAGUCGCAUCCACCAGAGGCAUUCCAGCAGGAGCUUCCAGGUGCAAUCCAGGACAUUUGGGAUUGUUUAACAGAAGAGUCAGGCAGAGUGCCUGAAUCCAGCUGGAGGUCUGCUUCUCCAAAAUCCCUUUUGGACAAUUUCUGUCACACCAUGCACUGUCUCUACAGUGAAUGCUUUGCCAGUGCUGAAACACAGGACCGAGGUGAGUCCCUUCACAUGAAGACUGAAAGCCGCAUUUUUAGGUAGCCAUAAUGUAAUGGACAACUAGAAAGAGUACAUUGUAAGGGUGUAAAAAAACUCACCAAAAUGAUACAAUAUUGAUUCUUUGGACAACAUUGUCAUAAUUGCCGAUAUUACAAAGUCUGCUACGGUUCGACUCAAGGGCCUUUGAUUGAUUUAUUAGGAGAUGAUGUACACAUUUAACACAUUUAGUUCCAUAAAAAAUACAAAGAGAUUCUGUCAUUUUUUUUUUUUUCUAAAACCAUCUCAGACAUUUGAAUUAAGAGAGUUCUUUGCCAUGUGGUGCCAUGUUUCAGUGACCAGUAUAAGAGUGUGAGAGCUGCACUACAAAUUUGAACACACCUGCUCCCUAUGCACACCUGGACCGAGUAACACUAACAGAUCACAUGACAUUUUGGAGGGAAAAUGACAAGCAGUACUUAAUUUGGACAUUUAGGGAUGUAGUUUCUAAGGGGUGUACUCACUUUUGUUGCCAGAGGUUUAGAUAUUAAUGGCUAUAUUUGAGUUAUUUUGAGGGGAAAAUAAAUGAACUCUAUUAUAUAAGCUCCACACCGACUACUUUUCAUUGUGUCAUUUUCUCAAUGUUGUCCCAUGAAAAGCUAUACUUAAAUAUCUGCAGAAAUGCGAGAGGUGUACUCAUUUUUGUGAUACACUGUAUAUCUAUAAACUUUCGGUCUUUGUUAGUUAGCUGUUUGUGAAGUUUUGUGCUUGUACGUUACGUUGACUUAUAGACCCCACUCACCAACGUCACACAAUGGCGUGUCGCUGUAUUGUGCCACCAUAUUGUCCGUCAUUGUGUGUCCGUAUUCUCAAUGGUCUCAAUUUAUCAUGCAAUUUAUAGUGCAAUUCAUGGAAGCCCCGGUGCUUUCAGACGCUGUAAACUCAUUGGAUGUGUUGCAUAAAAGGCGUUAUGUGGAAAAGCUUCGGUCGAUCCAUUCACCAGAUCCAUAUUUGAUGCCUAAAUCGAUAUUUUUCGACCCGCUGUCUUCGCCGUCUCUGCCUGACAUCUGCUACCCUGAUAUCUACAACUAUCUUGUCCACAGAAACUCAGCCUAUUCUCACGAAACUUUGAAAAACUUUAAGAGCAGCACUCUAAGCAACAUUACCCCGUGUGACCCUUUACUUCCAAUUUUCUAAAAUGGCGACAAUCAGUAAAAAAAAAGUUGACUGCGAUGGCCGACGCUUCAAGGAUAGGUGGAUAUUGGACUAUUUCUUCAAUAAAAUACUCAACAACUGUGUGCCUCAUUUGCAAAGAGACAGUCGCUGUUUUCAAAGAGUUCGAUAUGACGCGAUAUUACCAAACAAGACACGCUGACAUGUACGACAACAUUACAGGGAAGAUACGCAGCAAGAAAUUAUAGCAACUUGAAGCUAGUUUAAUUUCACAGCAGCAGUAUUUCGCAAGAGCCCGAGUGUCGAAAGAGAAUGCUACAAAUGCGAGAUUGUUGAAAUUAUGAAUUAAAAAAUAAUAAUAAUAAAGCAAAUGUGACACACAGAAGGGCUUGCUAAAAUUUGUUUAAAUAUAUUGUUCUACGUAAAUCAGCCAAGGUAGCCCCCCAUAUUUUUACCACACCAAAUCUGGCCCCCUUUGCAAAAAGUUUGGACACCCCUGUUUAACUGAUGAUCCGUAGACGAGGCCAGCUUCUUUCACUUGUUACCAGCUAAAUAUUAUUCAAAAAAUAAUGA